AUAUGUUCGACAAAAUGCAGUUGAUUGAGCUCACAUUUGAUCAGAUAGUGUUCUUUGAGGGGAAAUGCUUCACCGGCAGAAGGCUGGAGGUGUUUGGAGACUGUGAUAACUUCCAGGACCGUGGCUUCAUGAACAGGGUGAACUCCAUCCGCGUGGAGAGCGGCGCUUGGGUGUGUUUUGACCAUCCUGAUUUUAAGGGUCAGCAGUACAUGCUGGAAAAAGGAGAGUAUCCCGAUUUCCAACGCUGGAACGGCCACAAUGAUCACAUGGGCUCCUGUAAGCCAAUCAAAAUGCAUGGUGAGCAGUACAGGAUGGAGCUCUUCGAGGGCCAGAAUUUCACCGGUCAGUGUGUUGAGCUGUGUGACGACUGUCCUUUCCUCCAGAGCACUGGAUUCAGCAAGAACUGCCUCAACUCCAUCAAAGUCUAUGGAGACGGAGCCUGGGCCAUGUACGAGGAACCAAACUAUCGUGGCCGCAUGUACAUUGUGGAAAGAGGAAACUACUGCUCAUUUAUGGAAUGGCAAGCCGAGAAUCCCAACAUCCAGUCAAUCCGCAGAGUGGUGAACUAUUUCUAAUCUUCUCCAUCCCAAAACUGCCUCGCUCCUAAAGGAGAACCAGCAAGAAAUUCAGCAAGUGUAUUGAUCCCAAAUAAAUCUGAGCUUUUGAUUUAUUUUAAUAAUUCACAGAGAUAUGUUCUUUUUAUUUAUGGAAUUGCAUCUAUGAAUCGGUUAUUUAAUAGAAAAUGCAAUCAGCGCAGAAAUACUCUUGUAUGUUUUAUUUUGUCUUUGUAUACAGAGGCAAUGAGCUGAAAUAAAAGUCAGUUGUGAAAGA